GUCAGCAAAGCCCAAGGUACAUAAUCGCCAACCUCGAAUUAACUCGUUUGUGGAAGUGGCAGUGGAUGGACUCCCCAGUGAGACCAAGAAGACUGGGAAGCGAAUUGGGAGCUCCGAGCUUCUCUGGAAUGAGAUCAUCACUUUGAAUGUCACGGCCCAGAGUCAUUUAGAUUUGAAGGUCUGGAGCUGCCAUACCUUGAGAAAUGAACUGCUAGGCACCGCCUCUGUCAACCUCUCCAAUGUCCUGAAGAACAAUGGGGGCAAAAUGGAGAACACGCAGCUGACCCUGAACCUGCAGACAGAGAACAAAGGCGGUGUUGUCUCGGGUGGUGAGCUGACAAUUUUCCUGGACGGGCCGACUGUUGAUCUGGGAAGUGUGCCUAAUGGCAGUGCUGUGACUGAUGGAUCACAGCCACCUUUGAGAGAAUCCAGUGGGACAGCUGUCGCUCCAGAGAACCGGCACCAGCCCCCUAGCACAAACUGCUUCGGUGGGAGAUCCCGGACACACAGACAUUCAGGUGGCUCAGCCAGAACAACCAUAGCAACCAGCGAUCAGAGCCCUGGUACUAGCAACCGGCACCGCCAGCCCGUCAAGAACCCAAGCCACAGUGGCUUGACCAAUGGCACAGUGAAUGACGAACCUGCUACAGCCAUUGAUCCCGAAGAACCCUCUGUUGUUGUUGUGACGUCCCCUCCUGCUGCAGCACCGAGUGUCACCCCAAACCCCACCACAGCCUCUCUCCCUGCUCCGGCCACGCCAGCUGAAGGAGAGCAGCCCAGCACUUCGGGCACACAGCAGCUCCCGGCGGCUGCCCAGGCCCCCGAUGCGCUGCCUGCUGGAUGGGAACAGCGAGAGUUGCCCAAUGGGCGGGUCUAUUAUGUUGACCACAAUACCAAGACCACCACCUGGGAACGGCCUCUUCCUCCAGGCUGGGAGAAACGCACAGACCCCCGAGGCAGGUUUUACUAUGUGGAUCACAACACUCGGACCACCACCUGGCAGCGCCCCACAGCCGAGUACGUGCGCAACUAUGAGCAGUGGCAAUCCCAGCGGAAUCAGCUCCAGGGCGCUAUGCAGCACUUCAGCCAAAGAUUCCUCUACCAGUCUUCGAGUGCUUCGACUGACCAUGACCCGCUGGGCCCCCUCCCUCCUGGCUGGGAGAAGAGACAGGACAACGGAAGGGUGUAUUACGUGAACCAUAACACACGCACUACCCAGUGGGAUGACCCUAGGACCCAGGGGAUGAUCCAGGAACCAGCUCUACCCCCAGGGUGGGAGAUGAAGUACACCAGCGAGGGGGUGCGCUACUUUGUGGACCACAAUACCCGCACCACCACCUUUAAGGACCCGCGGCCGGGGUUUGAGUCUGGGACAAAGCAAGGUUCCCCUGGUGCCUACGACCGAAGUUUUCGGUGGAAGUAUCAGCAGUUCCGUUUCCUCUGCCAUUCAAAUGCCCUCCCCAGCCAUGUGAAGAUCAGCGUUUCCAGGCAGACACUUUUUGAGGAUUCUUUCCAGCAGAUCAUGAACAUGAAACCCUAUGACCUGCGCCGCCGGCUCUAUAUCAUCAUGCGCGGCGAGGAGGGCCUGGACUACGGAGGCAUUGCCAGAGAGUGGUUUUUCCUCCUGUCCCACGAGGUGCUCAACCCCAUGUACUGUUUAUUUGAAUACGCUGGGAAGAACAAUUACUGCCUGCAGAUCAACCCUGCCUCUUCCAUCAACCCCGACCACCUCACUUACUUCCGCUUUAUUGGCAGAUUCAUUGCCAUGGCUCUGUACCACGGGAAGUUCAUUGACACAGGCUUCACCCUCCCUUUCUACAAGCGGAUGCUCAACAAGAGACCAACCCUGAAAGACCUGGAAUCCAUCGACCCCGAAUUCUACAACUCCAUCAUCUGGAUCAAAGAGAACAACCUAGAAGAGUGUGGCCUAGAGCUGUACUUCAUCCAGGACAUGGAGAUUUUGGGCAAGGUGACAACCCACGAGCUGAAGGAAGGUGGUGAGAGCAUCCAAGUGACAGAAGAGAACAAGGAAGAGUACAUUAUGCUGCUGACCGACUGGCGUUUCACCCGGGGCGUGGAAGAGCAGACGAAAGCCUUCCUGGAUGGCUUCAACGAGGUGGCCCCCCUAGAGUGGUUGCGCUACUUUGAUGAGAAAGAGCUGGAGCUGAUGCUGUGUGGCAUGCAGGAGAUAGACAUGAAUGACUGGCAGAAGAACACUAUCUACCGACACUACACCAAGAACAGCAAGCAGAUCCAGUGGUUCUGGCAGGUGGUGAAGGAGAUGGACAAUGAGAAAAGUAUUCGGCUGCUGCAGUUUGUUACAGGGACCUGCCGCCUGCCUGUUGGGGGAUUUGCCGAACUCAUUGGUAGCAAUGGACCGCAGAAGUUUUGCAUUGACAAGGUUGGCAAGGAAACCUGGCUGCCCAGAAGCCACACCUGCUUCAACCGUCUGGAUCUCCCACCAUACAAGAGCUACGAACAGCUGAAGGAGAAGCUGCUGUACGCCAUUGAGGAGACUGAGGGCUUUGGCCAGGAGUGACUGAGGCUGCUCCCUCCCUCGCCCCCCAGUGCACAUGUAGUCAUGAGUCCUCCCUGCCUGAGAGGCCGCUGGUCAUAGCCCCCGGGAGGCCCCCACAGAUGGUGGCCCUGUGUCGGACCACACUGUCAUCAGGCUGGUGGCAGCAGAGCCUGACCUCAAGAGGCCCUGCCCACCCCUCCCUCCUACCCACUGGUGGCAGUCUGAAAUAAAGCCCCCUGGUCACCCUGGUCUCAUCGCCCAUUGCAGUCUGGGAGGCUGACCCUCUGCAAAGCUUGCCCUUCUUCUCCCCUAAGACUAACCCUAGGUGUGUGUGAGUGUGCAACCAAGGGUGCCCAUGCCCAAGGGCUGCAGCGGAAGCCCCAGGCGCCCCAGGGUAGUUAGGCGAGAAGGAGGCCGGCCCCUCGGGGGAGCUGUCUGGGCUGAGAAGGCCCAGGGUCUUUGCCAGUAAAAGAGGUUCGGUUUUAAAUCGACUUUUUCCAGUGAUCUGUAUAAAAUGGAGUUCUGAGAGAGAGGAGCUGUUCCCACACCCGGAGCUCUGGAUCGAGGCCGUUUGCUUCCUUCCCUAGUGGGCUCCAGCCGUGGAGACUGAGCGGCAAGGCCCCUCUCUACUCUGGCGGGCCAGUUCGUUCUUCCCAGCCAGUAGAGGGUUGUGCCAGCUGCUUGGAUGUCAGUGGAGGUGGAAACAGCAAACCUAGACUUUCUUUUCUCUUUUACAUAAACUUGAAGCAUUUUGUGUGUAAGGUUGCUUCGUGUUUUGUUGUUGGUGUGCUGCUGUCACUUUCUGUCAAGGAGCUGGUGGUGCACCAGGUGUUGCUGGGACCUGGAGGGACCCGGCACUGUUGGUCCAAGAAUUUUCCAACCAGCUGCUCCUCUUAGGAACCCGCUUGGCAGUUCUGUGAGUUCAGCAGGACUGACCCAGCAGCUCAGCUUCCCAGCGGCCUCAUCCCCGGGCCUUGACAGAGAGGGAAGGGAAUGGUACCCUGAGUGCCACCCCAACCUUGCCGCCUUUGGUCGAGAAGAACUCCCUUUGCUAGAUGUACUUGCCCAGGCUCUAGACCUCCAGGCGGGCCCGUUAGUCCCCUGUUGAGAAUGAAGUGCAUCCUGGCCACCCUAGCGCGUGUUCAUUCUGCCUAGAAGUGAGGUUUGGUCUGCACACAGGAAGCCAUGCUCCUGGAAGCUGGCAGAAGGGCCCUGAGCUGCUGCACACAGUCUGGUUUGAUUCCUGGAGCCCCUGCCAGGCUCCACCAUGGGUGUCCUGCCAUGUACUGAGAUCAAGGUGAACACGUACCUCCGGGAUGCCGGAGUGGUGAUUGUCGUGAACUCCCUGGGUUCUAGCACCGAGCACCAGCCGCAGACCAGCUCCAGCUUCUUGGGUCCCCAGGCCACGGGCCUUCUGAGGACAAUCUGUUGUUCCCAGAUCCUCGUCCUUCCCCCUGGCCCAUGGAGGGACAGCCCAUGUUCUCUUUUGGGUGUGCUGGUUUGAGUGGCUCAGCUUGUUGCAGCUCAAUCUUCUUUCUUCUCUGGAGUUGUUGGCUGUGCUUCCCUGCAGUGUCUCACCAUGUCAGGGGUCGGGGUGCAAGCUGCCGUGCAGGGAUCGGGAGCAUCAGGCUCAUGUGUGUUCAGUGUGUUCCUGUGCGCGUGUGUGUACAUACGUGUAUAUAACUGAGGUGUCUGUACGGAAUGUCCUUCGGUAGCUCUGGGUUGGUCACCAGAUUGUUUUGUAAUGCCGAACCCCUUGUCUCGGUAUUGCCAGUUUCUUGUGCAAUAAACAAUCAGCAGCUGUG